AUGUCGAAUUCAGGAUCUACCAUCUCCUACAAUGAGCAAACCAACUUUAGCGUAAUUGGAGAUAAUUUGCAGAUCCCUGGCUAUCAUUUCAAAUCAGCACCCACUCCAAGUCUAGUUCAUGGGGAAAGUAUUGACAUUAUUUAUGGCUACAGAAUCUCCAACAAGAAGCCUGUAGUCGCAAAAGUAUCUACAAACUCUCUCCGGCUCGAAAGAGAAUUUUACAUCAUGAAACGACUCUACCAAUUAACAGACGGCCCAUCCUAUUUGGUGCGUCCACUCGAAUAUCUCAAUCUACCGAGCGGACUAACUGUAGUUAUUUAUGCGGACGAAGGUCAAAAUUACUUUGACAAGCGACGCUAUUCUGAUGAGACUGGCAAGAGUAACACCACAACAACCACAACUACCACAACUACCACUACCACUACUACCACUACCACCACCAACAACAGCAAUCAUAAUAACCAUAAUAAUCAUGACGCAAAUGAUCUUUACACACAUGAACAAAAAAAUCACAACGACGGACGACGAUCAAAUCGAAUAUCAAACAACACUUUAUCCGAUACGUACUCGCACGGAUUACAAACCGGAGUAUCGACUGUAGAACCAACCUACGAUUUGAGUACCUUUCUUCGUUUCGCUAUCAAAUGCACAGACUGUCUCGAAUUCAUUCACAGACACAACGUAGUCCAUGGAGAAAUCAGACUCUCUGCAUUUCAAUGGACCGGAGAAGACCGAAGUAGAGUAAAAUUAUGGAAUUUUGGAUCUGGAUCAAAAUCACUCGAAACCUAUUUGACUAGCGAAGGGUGGCGCAAAACUGCCAAUAAUAAAGAUUCCAUGUCCAUGCUAGAGAAAAUUUUGGUCUUCAUGAGUCCAGAACAAACGGGCCGAACGACAUACACUCCUGAUCACAGAUCCGACAUUUACUCUCUAGGCAUAGUUUUCUUUGUAAUUCUGACAGGUCGAAGUCCAUUUGACGGAGGACCCCUUGAAAUAAUCAACAGUGUUCUCAGUCGCAAGAUGCCUUUAGUAAACGAUAUACAAUUCAAUAUACCAGAAGUAAUCGCUCGGAUCAUAGAGAAAAUGACAAACAAGUCCCCAGAUGACCGUUAUGCCAGUGCUUACGGCAUAAAUUCAGACUUAAAAGAAUGCCUAAAGCGCCUGAAGAGCUCCUCGGAGUCAUCUACAGAGUCUGUCGGAAUGUUUCCUCUUGCUGAGCACGAUAUUGCCUCUGUAUUCACUCUCCCAAAACAUGUGUAUGGAAGACAAAACAUGAUCGUCGAGAUGACUUACAUAAUUCAUCGAGUUUCCGGAGUCUACAAAUGUUUGCGCCAUCGCGAAAGAUCUUACGCCACAAGCUCUUCAUAUCCUACCACUGAUAUGCACCCAAGUAACAAUAGUACAAUAGAGUCUACCGAAUCUGUGUCUAUUCCGGAAGUUGUAAGUGCUACAGGCGGAAAGUCAAACGCUACACCAAGUUAUUGUAGUGGGCUAGAUGGAAGUGAUGUGUCCAGUACUACUGGACGAACUAUCUCAAAAUCACAUAAACAAGGCACAGAGAUUAUUGCAGUAUACGGCCCUGGAGGUGUCGGUAAAUCAACUUUACUGAGUGCUGUCCAGAAUGUUGCUCGACAGAGUAGCUAUGUGGCUAUGACAAAAUUUGAUUCUCGUCACAAAGUACCUUAUGGAUGCAUACUUCGAUCACUCUCUCAAAUCUUACAACAAAUCUUGUCAGAAUCUGGAGACGAAAUUGAGGAAUUCUACAAGCAUCUCCAGACAAGUCUUGGAUCCCAAUUCUGCAACGUCGAACUUUUAGCCAAUCUUGUUCCAGAACUCAAACCACUCCUUGACCCAAAAAUUAAUUGCACCAAAGAAUCCUUCCAAAUCGUUCACAUGGACAAUGUUGAGACUCGCGUACGGUUUCACAAUCUAUUUGUCGAAGUCUUUCGAUCUCUAACACAUUGGCGUAUGGUUACUUUGUUCUUGGAUGACCUUCACCAAGCAGAUGAGCCUUCGUUGGAGCUUAUACAAUCCCUAAUCACCUCAAGAGUCAAGAUGUUACUAUUAGUUACUUACCGUGAUCAAGAAAUUACCGAGAAGUUAGAGAGUAUUCUCAAGUGUGACCUGGCUACUAUCCAUUACAUGAAAAUCGACGCACUCGAAUUCGACUCUCUGGUAGAAUACAUAAGCGACGCAUUGCACAGACCUCACGACAUUAGCCGAGAAUCUGUUUUACCCUUGGCUGAAAUUGUAUACAAAAAGACUCGAGGAAAUGCAUUUUACGUAUCACAGCUGCUCUUGGCUCUCGAAAAAAAGAAGUUGAUUUUCUUCAACUGGGAUGAAAACGAAUGGGACUACAACAUUACAGAUAUCAAUCAGGCUAUAAUGUCCCCUGAUGAUUCGGACCAAGAUGCUGAACUCGACAUCGGCUUUCUGGUCGCUAGACUACGCGAAUUACCAAUGGAUGGUCAGCGCCUUUUGAAGUGGGCAUCCUUUGUCGGCGACAGGUUUUCCUGGAAUACUGUCAAGCAUUUAAUGAUCACUUCAGAUCAAGAAUCAGAAUUCUCGGACUCAGACGGCGAAACAAACGAAUCGCCAAAACAUCCGAAUAUCGACCAACCCCUUCAUCCACUCCUCGAGAAAUCUAAUGUAACGAACAGCGAGAACUCGAGCAACAGCUCAAAUAAAGAUCACAACCAGAAAAAAAGCGAUAGUUCAUGGAAAAAAGAUCCCAUAAAUGGGCUCCAGGCUGCCAUACAAGAAGGGUAUAUUCUUCCUUUAGAAAGUGAUGAGUUCAAAUGGACUCACGAUCGGUACUCACAAGCAGCUAUGGAGCUUGCAAAUCCAAAAACACGAGAAAGGAUUCAUUUUAAGAUCUCACAGUUUUUAAUACAAGAGAACAAAGUUGAUUGCUUUUUAGUGGCAGACCAUUUAUUGAAAUGUAUAGAUUUGAUAACUUCUAUACAAGAAAAACAUAAAUACAUGAGAAUCUUUUUGAGUGCAGCAAACAAGGCACGAUCGUCUGGAGCACACUCAAUGGCAUUUUCCUACUACAUAGGAGCUAUCAAAUUACUAGGAGAUGACCCAUGGAAAGAAGAAUCCUACCCAGUCACCCAUUAUAUCUACGUGAAUGCCGUUUCUCUCAGUUGGAUUGUAGGCGAAUAUGAACACACCGAAAGUCUGCUAGAAGAAGUAUUUAAACACGCAGUCGGUUCUCUCGAUCGAGUGACGGCCUACAGAAUCAAGCACAAGUAUUACUUUGCACGCCAAAUGCACUUUGAAGCAUGUAACGCUCUCCACCAAUGUCUUUCCGAACUCGGGGCUGAAAAAGUAGAGGGAGGAAAUACGCGCGAAACCCUUUCCAAAGAAUUUAAUGCGGUCAAGGAAUUGAUUGCUCAAAAGGGAAUCGAAAAAGUGAUGCAAAUCCCAACAUGUGAAGACGAGAAGCUUAUAGCCAUAAUGAGUAUACUUGAAGAGUUAUGCACUGUAGCUUAUUGGCUUGGAAAUCAAACCGAUAUGUUUUACUUGGCCUGUAGAAUUGUUCACCUAUCCUUAACAAAAGGGAUGGCAUCUGUGUCUGGUAUUGGUAUGGUCUUUAUGGGUAUAUGCGCCGUCCAGGCAUUUGAAAUGUUUGAAUAUGGAGAGGAACUUGGUGCAGCUGGAGUUUCCAUAACUGAAAAUCAUGGAAAUAAUGCAGAGAAAGGCCGGUGUAUCUUUUUAUAUUCUAAUUUCUUACUUCAGUGGAAAUAUCACUACAAGGAAUCUCUGACAUGGUAUCGCUCUGCCCUUCGUCUAUCCUUGUCUGGAGGAGAGCGUAUUUACGCCUCAUUCUCACAGCUGCACAUCGCAACUACCAUGUUCUUCGUGGGAGAAAAUCUAUCAGAGUGCUUACGAGAGGCUGAGAUCUGCUUUGAUGACAUACACAGCUGGUCAUCUUCUGUAGACAGUAAUAUUCUAAUAAUGUCUGUCAUACGAACUAUCAAGGCACUUCAAGGCCACACAUUCAACGAUAACGCAGUCGAAAUAUUUGACGGAGAUGAUGGAUUUAACGACGAACAUUUUGUAAUAGAGAGCUGCAAGCAAAGUGCAAACCCUGCUGUUCCGAUGAACUGGUAUGACUGCUUCCGUAUGAUUCCUUUGGUACUCUAUGGGCAUUACACCAAAGCAAUCGAAGUUGGAUGCGCUAUGCUCAAAGGUAUCCAUAACCAUCCAUUACACCGCCACACGCGCCUCAUGUUGACCUUUCUGUCACUGGCCAUUCUGGAAAAACUUCGAUCUGAAACCGUGUCUCCCGAGGAGUGCACUACUUUACUUGAUCGUGUACGGGACAAUCAAAUUGCUCUCAGACUGUGGAGCUCUCACAGCAUUAUCAAUUAUCACGCGUGGUAUAUUCUAGUAGAUGCCGAACUCAAAGCACAAAAUAAUGAUUUCCCCAAGGCAAGCAUGUUGUACGAAGAGGCCAUUAACUUGGCGAGAGAAGGAGGCUGGUAUCUAGAAUUGAGUAUCGCUCAUGAAUACGCAGGUGGUUUCUACAAGAGAGCCGGAAUGAACAACGUUGCCUAUGGGUUCAUUAAAAAGGCAAUCGAUCUUUACAUGAGCCACGGGUCUUACGGAAAAGCAAGGCACUUGGGAAUAAAAUUCAAUGAGCUUCUGAGCCUCUAUGAUGACAACCGACACGAGACCCAAGAUGUGGGUAUCCAGACAGACCCUAUCCCAUUUAUGGGUCCGCACAACUCUUGGAGCACUUCUUCUUUGGAAAACACCAAUCCUGUAAACGAGCCUUAUGUCUCGGAAACAAUUCCUCCCGUCACUACAGAACAAACAUUGCUGACAUUGGAUAUCCUUGACAUGGCCUCGAUUCUAAAAAGUUCGCAAGUUAUGUCCUCCGAAGUCAAAUUCGACGGUUUACUAAAGUCAAUGAUGUCAAUUAUACUGGAAAAUUCAGGUGCGGAUUGUGGUGCAAUUAUUGUUAAAGAAGAACGUUACGGUGUGUAUGCAUAUGGAAGUCAGCAAGAAGGAUCCAUGACUUUUGACCCACCGCGCCCUCUUUCCGACGAUGACGAUUUAGUCUCCAAUCGUAUAAUCAACCACACUAUCAACACUGCCGAAAGCAUAUUUAUUCAUGAUAUUGAACAAGAUCCCCGGUUUGCAGUCGGUCCCUGGUUCGAAAGAGCCGGAGCAAAAUCUGUCAUAUGUAUGCCGAUUAUCCACAAGGGUUCUAUUGCUGGUUGUCUAUUCAUCGAAGGAUCUAGUGGCAUAUUCACUCAACGCCACAUAACCGUAUUGAGCUUACUCUGUCAGCAAAUGGGAAUUUCGAUAACUAACGCCUUUUUGUUCAAAUCAGUUCAGAGAGUGACUAUGGCUAAUAUGAGAAUGAUUGAGAUGCAAAAACAAGCCCUUGAAGAUGCUCGAAAGAGUAAAGAAGCAGCCGUGAGGGCCACCCGACUACGGGAAAUAUUCUUGGCUAAUAUGAGCCAUGAAAUCCGUACCCCGUUCUCUGGAUUCUACGGCAUGAUAUCACUCUUGUCAGAGACAAAUCUUGACACAGAACAGAGUGAUCUAGUCAGGACAGCAAAAGAAUCCUGUGAAAUACUGCUGCAGAUUAUUGAUGAUCUGCUCAAUUUUUCAAAACUACAGGCUGGAAAGGUUUCACUGGACAUAUCUCCAGUCAUUCUCGAAGAUAUAAUUGUGGAUGUUGUGGAGAUGUUGGUAGCAAUGGCCAUUCAAAAGGAGAUUUAUAUCAGUUACCAGGUCGAUGACGAUGUUCCUCCUGUGGUUAUGGCAGACGGAAAUCGCUUGCGUCAGAUCUUUAUUAACCUUCUAGGAAACGCAAUUAAGUUCACUCACGAAGGCGAGAUCAGUAUUCGUUGCUCAGUCAACAAGAAAAAGCCGCACUCAAAAUGUGAUGAUAAGGUCGAUAUACUGUUUGAAGUUAUAGAUACUGGCAUUGGAAUUAGUGAAGAUCAGCGCAAGGUUCUGUUUGUCCCAUUCUCACAAGUAGAUGGCAGCACUACGCGUAAAUAUGGUGGCACUGGCCUUGGUCUAUCAAUCUGUCUUCAACUUGUUCAGUUAAUGUCAGGUUUCAUUGAUGUGUCGAGUGUCCCAGGAAAAGGGUCCAAUUUCUUUUUCACUGUAAAGUUAGCCAAAGCUCGUGACCAAGAUGGAAAUUUGAUGGUGCCUGCGCACGUCAAAGAGAUAGAUGAGACUAUGCGUGCAAUUAGACAUGUCAAAAUACUUGUGGCUGGAAAAUACGAGUCGACAAUUACCAUGAUUCGUCACAUGUUGCCUGGUAUUCUUGUCGACGGUGUAGAUUCAGUUGAAAAGCUUUCUCAGAGAUUGGAAUCAACGCAGUACGAUGUUGUGGUCCUUGGGUUAUUCUUGACAAAAGAGUUUAUGGAGUCCAAGGGGUGGAUUGAAGACAUAAUUAAGAAUGUUAGAAAUGGCACCCUGAUAAUAAUGAACUACCCGAGUGGAAUUGUAUCUGAAUUGCACCAAAGAGGCCAAUGGGUUGAGCCAAUUACAAAAGCACUUCCUCCAGAGUGUAUUAGAAUGGCAGUUCCCUUGAGACGUAAGAAGUUGAUACGAACAAUUGCAGACAUUAUGGACAAACACUCGCCACGUCGGAAUGUGAAGGCAAUUAAACCAAAGGGAAGUGAUCUCGUCACGGAAGAAGAGCGUGCUCUAUACAAAACGAUGCAUAUAUUGGUAGCAGAAGACAAUCCAGUUGCUCAAAAAUUGCUGUUUAAACAGCUUACACGUUUCGGUUUCCAAGUCGAAUGCGCCAAUAAUGGAUUAGAAGCUGUAGAGGCAUGGACAAAUCAUCCUACUGGAUUCUUCAUCAUGGCUUUUUUUGAUCAUCAUAUGCCAAAAUGCGAUGGAGUGGAAGCUACUAAGCGGAUACGAAAGAUAGAGGAAGAAGAUGGUCGAACGAGCCGAUUUCCCAUCGUCGCCUUGACGGCAGACGUUCAAGAAAGUGCAAAAGAAACCUGUAUGAAUGCUGGCAUGGACGGGUACCUAACAAAGCCACUCAAUCAGAAAGUGCUUGCAAGCACAUUACGCCAAUAUUGUUUUACAAUGUCUAAUCUAGCUGGAGUAAUUAGCCCAAUUCUGAAAUAG